GACUGAGAAGGAAGUACUUCCGGGGUCAAAAGGGACGCCGCGAACAUGUGUGAAGUCACGGAGUAGCAGAAUCUCUUUUGCGCGUUUGUUUUAAAACCAGGUAAUAAUGAGAGCGAGGGUGCGUUUAUCAUUAACGUUACUGUUGUCAGCUAUGAGAACAUUAUGUCUGUAAAUGCGUGCAAACAAGAGCUUAUCCCGCUCAUUUAUCGCCAUUUGAAGGAGCAUGGUUUCCAAUCCGCUGCUACAGAACUGCUGAGGGACAACACACAGUGUUGUGUGGAAGGAGAUUGGACGUCAUCUGCAUCCUUACAAGAAAUUUACAGUUCCUGGUUAAAGCACUCAAAGAACAGACACUCCAGGUCUAAUGGAGGUGCAUCAAGCCCAGUUUCAGCUAAAGUUGCUUCUAAGGAGGAGAACAAAUCUGCAAAGAAAUUGCAAAAACAGAAAUCUGUUGCACCAAAAAGGAGCAAAAAAGAUGAAAAGGUGUUAGAAAGUGCCAUACCAGCCAAGAAGCAAGAAACGGUGGUGGCUGCUUGUCAAGAUGAUUCUGACUCUGACAGUAGUUUGGACGUAGAGAAAUGGAAGAACAUGCUCCUACAGAUGACAGAGGUUGAUGCAGCCAAGAUAGAUACCAUCAACUCUUUGGACUCUUCUGCACCGAAAAAGAGAGUUAGGAAAUCUCGGGCUAAGCCUAAAACUGACAUGCCUGUUAAAGAGCCAGCUAAAAAGAAGAGCAAGGAGAAAGCAGUGACAAAGAAACAAUCUAAGUCUAGUCUACAAAAGAAGACCUCACCUUUGACCUCCUUGGCUUCCUUGAGCAUGGCACAAAGUCUGAUAUCAUCAGAAGGUGCGACGGCUGCGGCUUCAUCUAUCAAGGAUAAACCUGUGGAGGACGUAGCAAGCUGUAAUAAAAAGAUAGUAGUAGACAAAGUGGGGAAGAGAAAAGAAAUGAAGACUAAGAAAAAGAGAAAGGAGCCUGCUAACGGACUUGAUAUUUUAGAGCCCAUUUUAAAAGACAAGAAAUCCAAGAAGAAGGAGGUAGGUGAUAGCAAGGAAGCUUCUGAUCUUAACUCCAAGGAGAAGAAAGCCCUGAAGAAGAAAAAGAAACUUGACGAAGUGAAAAUCUGUGAGCAGGAAAAUCCACAUGGGACUGGUGAUGACAAGGAGACAAGCAGGAACGCGGAGGUGGCUCCAAGUGUGGACAGUUCAAGUGCUGAUGUGAGGGAAAACAAAUCAAAGAAGAAAAAAGACAAAUCUUCUCCAGAUGAGGAUCCAAUGGCUAAGACUGGAAAAGAGAACGGAAGCACUGAAGAAAGAGGAGAGCCCAACCCGGAAGUCAAGAGGAAGAAGAAAAAGGAGGAAAUAGGUAAUGGUGAGGGGACUUCUCAGCUUUCAGUCAAGAAGAAGAAAUCCCACAAGAAGAAAAGGACAGACGAGGAAAGAAUCUCCGAGCAGGAAACUCCAGAGCGGACUGACGACGACAAGGAGACGGCUUUAAAUGUGGACAGUUCAAGUGCUGAUGUGAGUGGAAAUAAAUCAAAGGAGAAGAAGAAGAAGAGAAAGAGUCAUCAUGUGGAAAAAAAUACUCCGCAGCCAGAUGACCAAACACAGAAGAAACAAGACACAUCUUCUGAUCCAUUGGCUAAAAAUGAAAAAGCGAUUGGAAUCAGUGAAGAAACAGCAGAAGAACCCAACACAGAAGAGCUCACAGUUAAAGUGAAAAAAUCCCACAAGAAGAGAAGGAAAACGGACGAUGUAAGAAUCUCCGAGCAGGAAAAUCCAGAGCGGACUGACGACGACAAGGAGGCAAGCAGGAGCGAGGAGAUGGACAAUCCAAGUGCUGAUGUGAGGGGAAAUAAAUCCAAGAAGAGGAAGAAAAAGAGUCAUCAUGUGGAGGAAAAUCCUCAGCAGACAGAGGACCAAACGGAGAAAAAAAAUGACAAAUAUUUUCCUGAUGAGGAUCCAGUGGAUGAAAAUGAAAAAGAGAACGAAAGCAGUGAAGAAACAGGAGAGCCCAACACAGAAGUCAAGAAGAAGAAGAAGAAAAAACUGUGGUUUAUCGAUACACAGCCUCUGUUGACCCUGUACACGCCACAACUUCCGUCUGUGAAAAAGCAAAAGAAAGGGAAACAGGAUUCAGAAGAGUUCCCAGCAACACCUACAUGGUCACAUGACAAACCCCAGGAGCCAGCCUGACACAUCGCCCAUCCAGAGUCAAGUCACGUGUCAUUUUCCUUUUUAAUGGAACAAGCUAAGUACUCCAGAUGUGGGAUAGUACUGACAAUCUGGAAGAUUAAACACCACCAUUUUAUUGAGAGAAAAAAUAUGAAUAUUUACUUUAGGCACAUAUUGGUCAGUUUUCAACUGCUUUUAUACACGUGAUGUUUACAAAUGUCAUGUUGUUGCACCCCGAGAUU